AUGCUGAAGCACGUCGACGACCUGGCGACCAUCAUCCCCCUCGAAAACUGCAAUCCAUUGGCCGACUCGCGCACCGAAGUGGCCUACGCCGCCUCCUAUCUUGAACGGUUCUCUGAGGAGGCCCCACGCGUCUACGGUGAUACAAUCCAAGCCAGCAACCCGGGCUGCCGGGUCGUGACCCUCAAAGAGCCCAUCGGCGCCCCGGCCGAGGCGCCCUUGACCUCCCUGGUGUUGGCGGAGUUGGCACACAAGGCUGGAUUCCCUGCCGGCGUGAUCAACGUCAUCACGGCCCUGGAAAACACCGUAGCCGUCGGCAAGCUCUUGACGACGGAUAAGAGGGUCAAAAAGGUGUCCUUCAACAGGAUCGACGGCUGUCGGGAGGCUGCUGUAUUUGAAGAUGCCGAUCUGGAUGCCGCGCUGAAGGGCUUGAUUGCGUGCAAGUUUCGACUUUUGGGACAGACGUGCUAUGAGCUCGGUGACGGCUUUGCAGCAUCGAAAACACAUGGGCCGCUGAUUCACGGAAGGGCUGUCGAGAAAGUCGAGGAACAUGUUCAGGAUGCACAGAAUCUCGGCGCAAGGGUAUUGUUCGGUGGCAAGCCAUCGGUGGAUUUUGGCCCAAACUUCUUUGGCAUUACCGUGCUCGCCGAUGUCACACCAGAUACGCUUAUCUGGUCCCUGGCUGGAUACUUUUUCAGCCGUGAUGUCAACCGUUGCUGGCGAGUAGCCGAGGCCCUGAAGGUUGGCAUGGUCGGCGUGAACACGGGAGCAAUAAGUGACCCUGCGGCACCCUUUGGCGGGGUCAAGGAAAGCGGAUUCGGCAGGGAAGGGAGCAAAUAUGAGAUUCAAGAGUUCUUGACGGCCAAGAUGGUCAUGACUGCAGUCAAUUGA